AAAGCGUGGAGCUUUCUCUUGGCAAAACACUUGGGAAUCUUCACAGCUCAGAUCAUGUUCUCCCAGAGGAAAAGCGCCUUGAACGGAUAUGGGAUACCUUCUGCACUUCAAACUUCAUGAUCUUUGUUAAGUGACCGUUUGCUGCUGACGUCUCUCGGCUCUGCUGGUCAAGACCGAGCUGUGCGCCACCUUCUUCCUCAUCUGAGCAAACCUGCAUCCCAGCAUCCUUCACUCCACUCUUUCCACACAAGCACUUAGCCUGGUGAAGAUGACCCAUUGUAGAGCUCCAAGGUCUCGGUCUUGAGGGAUUUCAGAGUCAGUACUUUUCCCGGGAGAUUUUUGCAGAGGCUCUGGAUGCAGUGGUCCCUGGGCUGUCAGAGCACAGUGACCCUAUUGAAAGUGGGAAGCUACGCGUGACAUGAGACUUUGAACCCUGGGACUGCAUCAGCAUGGCCGCCACAGUCGGGCAGGGUGAGAUCGUGUUCGAGUUUGCCAGCAACUGUAUGGACAGUGAGCAACAGCUGGGUGGCACCCUGGGCUUCCCUGCAGUCAUUGUGGAACAGGUGCCAGGCUCUGCUCAGGUUCUGGACUAUUCGGACCUGUCAUGUGAGCAGCCAAUGACAGACAGCCUCCAUCCUGUCUCCAUGGGCCUGGCUGCAUCUGAGCAGGUGGUGGGAGAGGACGUCAGUCUGACAGUGGAGGCAUCCUGUAAAGACGAAAAUGACACCAUAGAGGUUGCUGAGGCCCUUCGCCACAUGGACUCCGCUGACCUUCUGGAUGAAAAGCGCAUGUUUACUGUGUCAGGCUGCGAUGUCGGGGGAGUUGGAGCUGUGGAGGCCGGCACCCUGGGGGUUGUAACUGCUGAGACAGGAACCCAGCUGCCAAAGAAGAGGAAAGAAAGGAAACCCAGGCGUCCCAGGCCUCAGUCCCCCACUCCUGACAUCAUUGUGAAAAAGAAGAGCAAAGAUGGAAAAGGAAACACACUGUACCUGUGGGAGUUUCUGAUGGCCCUGCUGCAGGACAAAGCCACCUGUCCCAGGUACAUUAAGUGGACCCAUCAGGAGCAGGGCAUUUUCAAGCUGGUGGAUUCCAAGGCUGUGUCACGACUGUGGGGAAAGCACAAAAACAAGCCUGACAUGAACUAUGAGACCAUGGGCCGAGCCCUCAGAUAUUAUUACCAGCGGGGAAUCCUGGCCAAGGUAGAGGGACAGAGGUUGGUGUACCAGUUUCGGGAGAUGCCCAAAGACCUGGUUUACAUUCAUGCGGAUGAUCCCUCUGGCGAUGACUCAGAUAAGAAAAUGUCAGCGGAGAACCCCGCCCCACCACGGCCACCCACAAAACCAACCAGCAGAAGGACUGGAGUGAAACACAAGGCCAAAAAGGCAGAGGCACACCCGGGCCAUGAGGAAAUGGGUCAGCACAGUCCAGUCCUCCGACCAGCAGGGGGUGACAGCAACACCACCAGAGCAGUGCGACCGCUUGGCCUCAUACAGCAGCAGCACCUGCCCAUUGUUUCGGCGGAGAUGCUGCGGACGCUGCAGAAUGUGCAGUCGCUCCAGCCGGGUCAGCACGGGUCGGUGUUCAGAACUGUGCAGCUGCUGGAGGACCUGCAGAGUGCGCAGGAGAGGCAGACAGCCAGGCCCGGCCAGCAGGGGGCGCCAAUUCAGACAUUCAGAGCUUCAGCUGGUCAGACUCCAGUCCCAGUGCUGAUGUCAUCAGGGGACAUGUCUACCCAGUCUAUUGCACUGCAGGCUGUUCCCAUGACCACGGUUUCAGCUGGCAAAGACAUAUCUGUGACCACACCCACCUACAUCCUGCAGACUGUGCCUUCCUCUCAGGCGGUGACAGUCGUCAUGGAGAACGUCCCCUCGAACGAGCUCUCGGACCAGCAGUUGACCUAUGCCGACGCCCAGCUUCAGGCCACCCCUUCGUCUCCGUUGCUGGGUGGAGCCACCUCCGUGGUGACGCUCACUGGGGGCGGGCAGCAGCUGGUGACCCAACCCCCCGGCACUGUCAUAGCCUCGGUUGUCACGGCGCCAGAGUCCAAACAGGCAGGGAAAGAGGAGGUGGUGGACAUGGAUCUGGAAAGCCAUCCAGGGAUGAAACUGGAGCACUUUAGUGUCGUUGUCAUCAAUGACUCCUGGGUGGGCUUUGAUGCCAAUCAAAAGGCUGAGGAGUCAUGAACUGCCUGUAGCACAGCAUGUUAAAAUCUACAAACACUGGCCCCUUCUACUGUCCUAUUUGGCCAUUGCUACUGAUGUCUGGACUCUAUUGGUACUAUGUUGGCUCUCACCAAGCAGCGCAGAUCUCCGUAUCUGUCAGGAAAUCGGAGAUCAGUAGGUCCCACAGCUCAUUCCCUCUUCCCCUUUCCAAGGUCAGUGGGAACGGUUAAACCCCUGCAGCAAAACCAUCCAUAUUAAUAGGUUGAUUGGGUGGAUUAAAAAUCCUCCUGCCCAUACAGAAGCGAAAAUUUUCACUCAGUAUUCUUCAGUGAAUGGCAGCCUCAUUUUCCAACCUGUGUACUACACAAAUCAUUCUGACUGUGUGCGUGCACACAUUUUCAUAUAAAUUUGACUUUUUCAACAUACAGAGGUGCAUGGAAAUGUUGCAGAUCUGGCACAGAAACAUUCCCGUGUAGGCAAAUAACAGCACUGCAGAAAAGAACAGUUCUCUUGACAAUCACUUUGCGAAUGUGUUGUUAUUGGGCUAUUUUGGAACUUUUAAAAAAUUUUUACAGCAACCUACAUUUUAAGUACAAUUGAUUUCUUGUGUGAGUAGAGAACUGCAUAAUUUACAAUGUGUACAUACAUUUCAUUAGUAAACCGCAGACAACACACCAGGUUAUUGGAAGUUUCAUAUCAUAGUCAUGUGUGAAGAGAUGUGUUCAUUUUAAUAUGACUCCAUAAAUGUUUUGUGUGCAUGGUGAGAAAGUCCAGUCAAUAUGUAAACAGAACUAUGAGUAUGCACAUUUGAAGUUUGUACCUUGAAAACCUUGCUAAAAAUAUCUUUCCAAAAUCUUUCCAAUCAGAUUUAGAAAGAUUUGUGAUGCUUGUUAGGACAUUUAUUUUAAAAAUAAAUUACAACUGCAGAGUUAGAUGUGAAUAUGAGAAUAUGAUCUAGCUUGAUGGCAGUAGCGAAGUCCAAUUAAUUGUUAAUUCAUUACUACAGCACACCCUACAUGUUGAUCCUUGGAAGUGUCAUGUCACUGUAUUUCUACCAUAUGACUGACAGACAGCAUAUUUCCUGCUCACUUCUCUUUGGCACUAUGUUGGGAUUCUUUCACUCCACUUCUGAUAGACUUGAAGCCAAAAUAAUACGUGUGAGAUUUUCUGGUCUACAGACGCUAAACUCUUUUCAUGUUACUGCCAAGACCAUCAACAAAAUGUUUGUUUUUCCUUGUAUCUAAAAGUUCUAGACUGAAAGGCUGAAAACCCAAAGCCAGUUGGGGAAAACCUGGGAAAUUUAUUCCAUGACCAAGGAAAAGGUGGUUAGGAGACUCCUGGACAACAGCAGUGACCAGAGCACGCAUGUCAGGGGUUUUCCAGUCCAGUGAUGAUUCAGGCUUCAGAGAGGCAGGGUGAAUACAAUGGCCAGGGCCUCUCAUCCAAUGCUGAUCAUUGAACUGCUCGGAAGCAGGGGCCGGGCUGCUUGUUGCUUGGAUUUGAUGAGUAGGAGAAAUUUUCUCAGGUUUUCGCUAUUGGAGCAUCUUAUUUUACCGUGAUGGUAUCACAUGAACAGAAUUACGCUGACAACACAUCACUAUUUGAACAAACUGGCCUAUUCUCUACAUCUUGCCUACACAACCGCAGUACAGAGGGCCGGGAUUAGCCACAAUUGUUGAAAUAUGGUGCUGAUUCUAUGCAGGACUGAUUCAUAAGGCCCCUCUUUAAUGUAACCCACUUGGCAUUUCAGAAUCAGCCUGGGCCACUCUUAGUCAUGAUUGUAAGGUUUUGUUGCAUAUUAUACUGAAUAUCAAAUUACAGAUAUUGUCCCCGCCUCUCAGAGGGGUCAGGCAAGCUCAGAAAUGGAGAUGAAAGUCAGCUGACCUUUGUGAUGAAUUUGUUCAGUACCUGGAAGUUUGCAGAGCGGCCAUAAGAGGCUUAACACUGUAGCUGCCCAGGAAGAGCUGUUUACCUCUAUGGUAGAGGGCAUAGCUUUUGAACUGUCAAGUUCUGUUACAGACAGUGAAGACUGUUAUGCCUAGUUUGCUCUGAGUUUUUUCUUCAAAUGUU